GUUCAGGGGAGGUGGUCUUCGAAGUGUGAGGGAAAUUUGAGUCAGACAGGUUAGCUAUUGCCGUGAUUCUUAAUAACUGUAACAUAUGCCUACCAAGGAACCCUAUCUAUGGAGAUAUUGUCGACACAUAGAGGAUCCGGUCAGGCCGACCCAGUGACAGAGCGGGUUCAGCCGGAAUAAAUCAGUUGGGUAGGCUAAUCUCUUGGUUUUUUGUCCGUCGGGCGGCGAUGUCAGCUUUCUGCCUCGACCUGCACACAUCUAAGGCGGCGAUUUCAGCACCACCCGAGCUGGACAGCGACUGCAUGGAGCACCCGCUGGAUCAGGGCAACAAAACCCCACAAGAAAAGGGAGGAUUUCAGGGCCACUCGCUGCUACACACCGGCUCUGGAGGCCUCGGGAUGGCGUUGGAAGAGGAAUUAGCCAUGCUUACUGGGGAGCAGGACGACGAGGAGGAGGAAGAGUUAUCCGAAUUGGAGACGCCUGUAAUUGGACAGAAUACAGACUUGUCGCUCUUCCGUCAAAAAGAGAAGGACUUGGUUUUAGCUGCUAAACUAGGCAAGGCACUGCUAGAGCGUAACCAAGACCUGACUAAGCAAUAUGAGAAAAUGAACAAAGAUCUUAACGAUAAACUAGAGGUAAGUAGCUUUACACACACUGCCAAAUACUGUAUAAUCACGAUUCAGUCCUGCCAGAUCAGUUUUUCAAUUCACAGUUGUUUGGCCAUCAUUUUUGUUUCAGUAAAUUCAACUGAUUAGGACUGCCCUCCAUUAUUGUAAUGCUAUUGAGCAGAUGACACACUGUAAACAAUUAGCUUGACAGUGUUUUCAGACUGUCUACAAUUUACAGCUAAUCUCCAUACAGUGUAAUAACAGUAUAAUGCCUCUCCCAUAAAAACACUUGGGCACAAAACACUGCUCUAACAGCAGACUGAGGUCACUCAAUUCUCACAAUUACUUUUUAUUUAUAUGCUUUUACUGUCAUUACCUGACACUGACAGGUAGCAUUGACACAGGUGGAGAGGUGUUCACAACAACUAAAGCCCUGAAACCCCAUAGAUGUCUGCUGCAUUUGUUCACGCUGACAACAGAGCUUUUGUUCAUCACAUCUGAAACCCCCACUCCACUCAGCACAUGGCCUGGAGUGGAACAACGACUAAUCCCCUGUUAAUGUCCCAUGGAGAUGGCCUACUGUAUCUACUGUAGGCUACAUCUGCUCAGGGCCCUGAUCUCUAACAACACAGAACUACGCUAUUACCCAGUGCACAGUAUUCAUCAAGCUAUUUCAAAGCUUUUUAGGGACAGAUAACAUUGUUCGUUAUCCUUUUACAAACCUUGUUUUAUUCCUGACGUGCCUCUUUGUUCAGGACUGAUCACCCAACAUGAUCUGGGCUACAUCAUGUGUGUGACCAACCAUGCCACCCAUCCCCCCAUCCCCUGACCCCCUGGUUCUCUCAUAAGCCCACACUCACAUCCCCAUCCCCUGCCUCAGCCUUAUAAAGCCAUGGAUAGAAAAGAGCAGAAGCUUUGUGCUAUCCUUUCACGAUCCAAUGUCUAUUACUACUAGUCUCAGGCCUAACCUGGUCCCUCCAGUCCAGUAUCAUCUCUAACCCUGUCCCUUGUCUCCCCUCACCCACAGCACCUGGAGCAGGAGAAGCACGAGCUGCGGCGGCGGCUGGAGAAUAGGGAGGGGGAGUGGGGGGACCGCGUGGCGGAGCUGGAGACAGACGUCCAGCAGCUGCAGGGAGAGCUGGAGCGCCAUCAGGUCCAGCUGAGAGAGGCCGACCGCGACAAGUCCACGGCUAUGAGGGAGCUGUCAGAAGAGAACCACCGCCUGCUGGAGCAACUUAGCCGGGUGAGUGGAGAUAACUAUCUGUCUGUGGACCUUUUUGUCUGUCUGUGGACCUGUCAGUGGGACUCAACACUGGAUGUCUCAGUCUGCUGAUGUCUCAGUCUGCCGUGUUCAUUUCUAGAGAGGGUACAACUAUGUUCUCAUAUAGAAUGCAUACAUGCACGUACAUAGACUGCUUCAAUCUCUUUCCUCAUCUCUCUCUCUCUUUCUCUCUCAUACAGAUCAAUAUAUGCUAAGUCAUCGAAAGUGGAACGUUCACCUCUUAAACACUGAAUCAUUUAGAAUGAUUCGGGCUGCAUACUACUUAUGCAACCCUCCUAUCCAUAUUGAUAAGUAACUACAGGCUGUUAAAACAGAUUUGAUGUCUUAGGUAACAAAAAAUUUUGAUAGCCUGUGACUCGGUUAAGAACAGAAAAAAAACAGAGAACGCAUGACAGGAUGACAGGGAGAGUGGAGGAAGUCAAGGUUAAAUCAGAGCACAUCCACUUUGUAAAUAGUGAUGGACAUGUGUCAGGAGAAGCUGUCAUUGAAUCAACUCCAUGGAAAGGCUGGAUUGAUGGAGCUGAGUAACAGUGCUGUAGGUAAUACUGUUGAUUAGACUCCCAUAAGAAGCUGGCUUGACUACAGCUGAAGUCAAAUCACUCAAUCCUAACUAUAGUGGGAGGCAUUGCCCUGACAACCUGACUAGCAGAGUGGUCAAUUCCUUUUAGGCCUAAAUCCCAAUGGGAAACGAAUGGAAACUCCAGUCAGGAAGGGAGUAGACAGCGCUUCUACCAACUUGAGUCAAGGUGCAGCAAAAAAAUCACAUGAAUAUCUGGAAAAACUAUUUUUCUUAAUAGACAUUCAUUCCAGGACAGAAACAGCCAAUGUUCCCAUUCAUGGAUUAUCCUCUACAUCAACAGACUGUUUGAAAUGAUUUUACUGCUGCUCAUUUUACCACUAGCAUACCAGGCUGAGGCUGAUAGGCACGGCGUCACAUAGCUGUUUCUAAAAGACACUAGCUUUCCACUGACGCGAGGCACAGGGAUAUGCUUUUGUGCGAGUUGAAGGGAUAUAUUGAUACCUUUCAUCUGAGGGUUUGUUAAAUGGAGAAAGCUGUGUCAGAGGGCCAGUCUCCUUUUAAAAGCCAGAGGAGCUUCAGAUGUGGAGAUAGGCGGUUGUUGCCUGCUGUGGUGCUCUGGUGACACCAGUGACAGUGUUGUGGGUGACAAUGCCUGUGAUGCAGUGCUGUUUGUCCUGGGAAUAGAUGUGGGCUGCAGUCAGGCAGAUGCUGCUUCCUUCCACAGCCCAGCAGGGAGAGAGCUAGUUAGCGGUCAAUGGCUGUUUUUAGCCCUCCUCAUGAGGGCUGCUGCUGGCUGUGUGCUGUUACAGAUACAGAGACAGCAGCACCGCUGGGUCAUACAGACCUGCUUUACCUCUCAUUUCCAUCUCUGAUCAGAUUAAAGUAAAAUACAUGUCAUCCACCAUCAGUCUCUGACCAAUGAGGGGGCCCUGAACUGGUAUUUUUCUAUGGAUCCUGCUAGGUAUGUAAUUUAGUUGCAGUUGAUUUAAAAGCAGCCCUGGUUAAUAUGAAAUCGGUGUAGAUGGGGGGGGGGGGUAAUUUAUGAGUGCUAAUUGAGAGUAUUGAUCAGGCUUGCGUGAUUCACUGCUGUCGGAUGCCAGAGAGACCUCCUGUGUAAUAAAAUGAAUGAGGUCAGCCAUGGUAGUCUCUCUGUUACUAAGCAAUAGCCUGCUUAAACCACAGCUCUGAGUACACAUCCUCCUAGUGAACCCACACCAGCCUGACUCUGAGAAACCUCCCCAGUAGUAGAGCCACGAGAGAAGCGCUAAAUCAUCUGCUCUCACUCUGUCUUUCCCCAUCAUUUCCCCUUGUACUGCAACAGUCUUAUUAGGAUUCAAGUAGGUCUGUCUGUGUGCCUGUGUGUAGUCCUAUCCAAAGACAUGGAUUAGGAGAUGUUUUGGCUUUGUAAUGACAAUCUUUGUAGCAGCAUUAGUAGGGACAAGGAUGCUGACUGUUUUAUCUACAGACAGACCAUUUAGUCUGGCAAGGCUCACUACAAAACAAGCAACCAUGAAUUCAUUUCCAAGGUUCUUUAAGAUCUAUUCCCAAGUGUAAACUCUAUUCUAACUGGCCCACUCUAGACACAUUCACUGGAGACGAGACACAGACACAUGACAGGAGUGCCACAUGCGUCCACUGUCUUCCAGUCUAAAAUAAGGCACCCCCCUGCGAAGGAGUGAUGGAAAUAAGUGGUAAUCUGUUGCAGGCUGUAGUCAUGACAGUAGAGAGCCUGGAGAAUGGCUAGAAUCCUAUAAUGUGUCUGACAGCUCUUCCAAGGGCCAUUCUCAAAACAAAGCUUUAAAGAUUACACUCACAUUCACAAUAACAAUGCACUUUCAUAAUAACAGAUUAGAGGGAGGAACCAAUAGUCUGCUGGAACCAAGUCUCUGUUUGGAUGCAGCUGGAAUGACCUUGGUGUGGCGGGGCUGGCCACAGGAAGUGAUGUAAAAAGCAGUGUGUAAGAUGCAGCACUGAAGGGAUUAGGUCAUAAUCCUCUGUAAUAGCCUUUUCUUAUGCAUUCAAUCAGCAGCCAGAACAACACCACUCCAUACAGCACUCACAGCUAAUUAAAAACUGUCACCCAACUGUCUGUGUGUGAGCCAUUGCCCCUCAUGUCAAGGGACAGUGCAAACCUAGCACUAAUACACAGGAGCCAUUCUCUAUGAGCUAGACUUAAAUCUAUGAGAGCCACAAUGUCACUAACAUAUUCAACACAGCCACAUACUGUAGACACACACAGACACACUUACUACUCAUACAGACUCAAAGAAGCACAGAUGUAAAAACACACCUAAACCCUGUGGUGUCUGCUGGUCUGGUAGGCUUGGCUGGACUGGGGUGUGAGGUUGGCCAAUCCCCUGAGGCCUAAUCUGAUCAGAGUGAACCAGCGAGGAGGGAACAUUUCUCUAAUUGCAUUACAGCACACAUUUAGAAAGGGGGAGACCUGACUCCAGCACAAAUGCCUACAUGUUUAAGGCUAUAACCCUGAUCAAAUCAAAACCCAAAAUCUCUGGCUCUGCCAAGAUGAUCAGACGCCCAUAGCACCUCCAGUGACCUUAUUGGAGCUGCUUGUUUUAAGGCCAAUGUGUAGAUGGGAGUAAUAAUGUGCUGUGUGGUUACUAAGACCCCAUUAAGGCCUUUUGUUAGGACUAUGUGUAAGUGUACACUGAGGCUCUGCAUUACACUAUGAUAAACUCAUAGACCCCAACUAACUUUAAUGAGCUGACUUUGUAUUACCAUGGGCAAUACUCUGUUGUGCUCUGCUCCAUGGCUACUUACCACUGUAUAAAACACAGGGGUGAACGACACAGACACUGGACAUCUUUCCAGGCCAUCAGUUGUGAUGAGGCCACCUAGUCACACAGGUCCACCAAUCCUGUCUCUGGUUGCUAUGACAACCCGGUUGUCAUAUGAGAUUUAAUGUGUUACCAUGGGAAUAUGCUCUCUGAGGCACUGUGUGCUGUACAGCCAACCCGAUGUCAGGUUGCAACACAGAUCCCGCUGACAUGUACACACAUGGACUUGCAAGUCAUCUUCAACCAUACGUGUAUAAUAGCUUGUACUGUACAGUAUGUUCUGCAUCCUGAUGAGAGGGUAGAGUGAGAGGGAACAGAUAAGCCAUUGGAAAUCACGGAUUUAAUUACCGAUAUGACAAAAUAAGAGGAUACAAGUGGUAAAUCCCUAAAGGAUCCCCCUACCCCCUCUCAAUUCCACACCCAUGUGUAAGCAAGAACAUUAGACUGGAAACCACGGAAACUCUGCUAUGUUUUUGUAUUAUAAUUAUUAGAAGGCAGGCGCAGGAAUACGUAUUAGGGGUUUUAUUUAUUCCACCCAACACAAGGUACAUCAUGAAAACCGAUGGGAACGAAGCCAAAAACAAACACGUAUAUACAGUCGUGGUCAAAAGUUGAGAAUGACACAAAUAUUAAUUUUCACAAAGUCUGCUGCCUCAGUUUUUAUUAUGGCAAUUUGCAUAUACUCCAGAAUGUUAUGAAGAGUGAUCAGAUGAAUUGCAAUUAAUUGCAAAGUCCCUCUUUGCCAUAAAAAUGAACUUAAUCCCCCCAAAAAAUGUCCACUGCAUUUCAGCCCUGCCACAAAAGGACCAGCUGACAUCAUGUCAGUGAUUCUCUCGUUAACACAGGUGAGAGUGUUGACGAGGACAAGGCUGGAGAUCACUCGGUCAUGCUGAUUGAGUUAGAAUAACAGACUGGAAGCUUUAAAAGGAGAGUGGUGCUUGAAAUCAUUGUUCUUCCUCUGUUAACCAUGGUUACCUGCAAGGAAACACGUGCCGUCAUCAUUGCUUUGCACAAAAAGGGCUUCACAGGCAAAGAUAUUGCUGCUAGUAAGAUUGCACCUAAAUCAUCAAUUUAUCGGAUCAUCAAGAACUUCAAGGAGAGAGGUUCAAUUGUUGUGAAGAAGGCUUCAGGGCUCCCAAGAAAGUCCAGCAAGCGCCAGGACCAUCUCCUAAAGUUGAUUCAGCUGCGGGAUCGGUGCACCACCAGUGCAGAGCUUGCUCAGGAAUGGCAGCAGGCAGGUGUGAGUGCAUCUGCAUGCACAGUGAGGCGAAGACUUUUGGAGGAUGGCCUGGUGUCAAGAAGGGCAGCGAGGAAGCCACUUCUCUCCAGGAAAAACAUCAGGGACAGACUGAUAUUCUGCAAAAGGUACAGGGAUUGGACUGCUGAGGACUGGGGUAAAGUCAUUUUCUCUGAUGAAUCCCCUUUCCGAUUGUUUGGGGCAUCCGGAAAAAAACUUGUCCGGAGAAGACAAGGCUACCGUCAGUCCUGUGUCAUGCCAACAGUAAAGCAUCCUGAGACCAUUCAUGUGUGGGGUUGCUUCUCAGCCAAGGGAAUGGGCUCACUCACAAUUUUGCCUAAAAACACAGCCAUGAAUAAAGAAUGGUACCAACACAUCCUCCGAGAGCAACUUCUCCCAACCAUCCAAGAACAGUUUGGUGACGAACAAUGCCUUUUCCAGCAUGAUGGAGCACCUUGCCAUAAGGCAAAAGUGAUAACUAAGUGGCUCGGGGAACAAAACAUCUACAUUUUGGGUCCAUGGCCAGGAAACUCCCCAGACCUUAAUCCCAUUGAGAACUUGUGGUCAAUCCUCAAGAGGCGGGUGGACAAACAAAAACCCACAAAUUCUGACAAACUCCAAGCAUUGAUUAUGCAAGAAUGGGCUGCCAUCAGUCAGGAUGUGGCCCAGAAGUUAAUUGACAGCAUGCCAGGGUGGAUUGCAGAGGUCUUGAAAAAGAAGGGUCAACACUGCAAAUAUUGACUCUUUGCAUAAACUUAAUGUAAUUGUCAAUAAAAGCCUUUGACACUUAUGGAACGCUUGUAAUUAUACUUCAGUAUACCAUAGUAACAUCUGACAAAAAUAUCUAAAAACACUGAAGUAGCAUUCUCAAAACUUUUGACCACGACUGUAUAUAACAAAGGGAUGUAACCCAAACAAAAGAGCGAGGUGUAACCUCUACACAAUACAAGGGACGAGACCCCUAAUAACAAUACACGGUACUCACGAGACCGUGGGACAAGGACAAUGGGGAACAGAGGGCACAUAUAUACACAUACUAAUCAGGGGGAAUGGGAACCAGGUGUGCGUAAUGAAACAAGACAGUCCGGGGUUGGUGGUAAUGAACCAGUUCAGUGACGCCUAGAAGGCCGGUGACCUAGACCUCCGGAGCUGGUGAACGGAAUGAGCAGCAGUACCGGGGGGAUCCGUGACAGGCGCUAUGGAUUAGGCCUGUAUGUAGGGAAUAUAUUGUUCCUCUCAUAUCAAAGACUACUGUAAAUGAAAGGGUUUUGAGAAUGUUGUAAUUUUUCCCUAUGAAAGAGGAUGGCUUGGCACAAGGUCAAUGUUCCCUCAAAGCUGCGCGCGUGCGCGGCCGCCACCUCCUCCAGGACUGCGGCGCAGAAGAAAUGCUAUGCCGCGCAGAGACGCAAGAGAUUGAACUUCACUGAGUUCGCACCAUUAGUUUGCACUAUAUAGAUCAACGUUUUUGCUGUGAUCGAAUCAACAUUAUAUCAGCCCCUUUUCUAUGCAACAAAACAAAACAAAUCUAACUUUGCAAGAUUGAGUCUGUGAUUUUGUUGUAGGCAGAGCCAGAGUGCAACCGCACCCACCCGCAAGUGAAUGCGCUUUUCAGAUCAGAGUGCAGAGCCGCGCGUGUGCACAUUUGUUGAUAUUCUUAGCUAGUUAGCGAGUUAUUAGCCCAGUUAUAGAUAAGUAUAGGCCAGCAAUGGAGAGUUACUGAUUCGUACAAGAGCACAAAACGUGUAGGCUACAUUUCAAGCUGUCUUUGAAAAGCCAGUAAGGUAAAAAGCUUAUGUCUUAAUUAAAGGGGCAGUGUUGUAUUUUGAGACAGGCUUGAAUAUGUAAAUAAGCCAAUAGGCAGAGGGGUAGCCUACAUUGUCUAAUUCUCUGUAUGGUAAUAAUAAUUCAUUGUAUUUUGUAAAGUGGUUUCUUGCAUCAUACAACACAAUACAAUGCAAUUUACAGUCACCUAUUUGGCCCAUGGUGUUACAGACCAAGUAAAAAAUCAUUAAUGAAUGUCAAACCCAUCCUAAUGUAAAAACGUUUUAAAAGUCUCAAGCAAUGUAGGCCUGCAUUGAACACCACAUAUAGGCUACUGUAGGCUAUAUCAUAGAAAUAAAAACCUAUUUCCAUGUGAAAAUGUUAUGGGAUUUGAUCCAUUGGCCUACAUAAUGCUCAGAUAGCCACAAUAGCAUAUUGGCUACUGUCUAAAACUGUAAGGGUACAGCCUCAGUGUUCACUGUAAAUAUGCACCGGAAGUUGCACAAAAUUCUCACAACGUUCAAGUUUCUGCUCACAAGACAAAAAAAUUGUUCAGUGCCCCAGAAAAUUUGAGGGAUCAUUGCACAAGGUACUGUACCUUUGUGUUCGGACUCUGGAGGAAGAAUUAGCAUUUACGCUUGUCUCUCAGAUUAUUGAGCCCUAGUUUGUUGGCCUGGAUUCUGUUGCAGUAGUCUGAUUUCCCCCAUGUACUGAUAAUGCUUGAUCUGGGAUCUGAGGACUUUAUGCUCAGAUUAAGGGGAAUAUCAGUACAUCUGGCAACACAGUGAAAUGUCCUGUUUUUCCUCUGAUCUCAAUCUGUCAGACGCAGUGUGACACUGAGUCAAAUGUCACAUUCCCACUGUGACUGGGCUUUGCAUAGACCUCCACUGAGGAGACAGAUACAUCAGUCAGUUUAGCAGAGAGGAAGAGCUGUAUGCAUCUUCCUGGCCUGGUUAGGAGAAUGUGAAGCACAUUCAGAAUUGCAGAGUAGAGCUCCUGUGUCUGAAUGUCUAAGAAUACAUCAAACUAAUUAUGAUUCUGCGUUUGGUAAAGGCUAUAUCAUUCCUCCCAAGCAUCACUGGGGACAACAAGAUGCCAUUAUGAAAACGGGGUACAUAGAAGUGGAAGACUUGUAGAAGUGCCACAACAAACGUUUUCUUAUUUUUGUAAGCAUAGUGCACUGACCAAACAAUGUUAUGACAAAGCACAGGUUUUAGUUUUCAGGUUGUUCUUCCCUUGGUCUCCCACACAGAAUACAUAAACAUUACAACCCCUCUCUGAGUUACUUAAGGACACAAGUGCAUUCAAGUGUGAAUGGAACUCACCCAUCUUUUAGCAGCAGACGUUCCAAAGUGGACAUCUCUCCUCACCGCUAAAAGCUUUCCAGAAAGCAUGGUGUAGUGUAGAUUUCUGAGUAUAAGCCUUGUAUUAUUACGCAAUAUGCCAUGCUAGUUCCACGAAACACCAACAGAUGUCCAAUGGGGAAACCAUUUAUCUCACCUAAAUCUCUAACUCACUUACAGUAGACUGACUGUAGUAGAAAAGCCAACUCUGUUUAGGAUUCAGACAGACAGAUGGGUGGAGAGCUCUGUCCAACUACAUUAUACCUGUGGGUCUACAACAAGGACAGAGCAUUAGAGAGCGGCUGUGUUUGGUCACUUCCUGUUCUUACCUGUCCCAUGCAGUCACUACUCACGAAGGCCUCACCAGUCACCACAGUGGCCAACAAUGCAACCACUGACUGAAAGAUCCUAUAAACAUCACACGGCCGGUAGGCAGUGGGUUAUUGAUCAGAACAGUCCAAUGUGCUCAGCCAGGGAAGGGGGCAGUAGGGACCAAGCUCUAAACAGAACAUUUCAGAUUUUUAAGGUUGAGUUACUCAAACCUGUGCUUUCACAGGAACAGUUCUGCUGUGCAGCUGGAUACCAGUUACAGGAACACUGUGGUGACUCAGAGGUAACAGUGUGUCAAAUCAAAUAGCCCUCAAAGCAUUGCCGUGUUGGGUACUCACUCAGAACGUGUCUCACCAUGGCACAAUGUGAAGUAUGUGAGUGGCAUGAGUAUGUGUGGACAAUAUGUUGUGAGAAUACUGAACUGUUCUGAAUUACGACUUUACAACACUACCGUUAUGCACUUUGUAUUUUAUAUGGAAGAUGUAGAUAUUUGUCAUCUGGUAAUGCCUUUCAUAAUUGCCCCUGAGACAAGUUGUAUUGAAUUGUAUUAAUAACAUGUUAUAAAAUAAUUUGUUAAUGUAUUUGUGCUAACGCUCUGUGUCUGGGGUGUGUUUGUGUGUCUCCAGGCUACAGAUGUGGAGAGGCAGCUGUCCACUCAGGUCCACUCGUUACGGGAUGACUUCAGAGAGAAGAGCGUCUCCACCAACCAGCACAUGACACGACUAGAGAGCCUACAGGCUGAGGUGAGGCAUCCGAGUAGUCAUUUUUAACCGUCUCAAAAAUCAAUACCUUCUUAAAAAUUGAUUUCAACUUAACGAAUAUUACCCAGUCAUAAUCAAAAGUGUCAUUUAUUAAAACAUGUGUUUUAAUGUGCUGUGUGGGGUUGAGAAAAUGUAAUAUCCUGAGAUAUUAGAAUAUGCACACCUCAAGUUGUGCUGUGUUUUCUAUCAAACUAAUUCAAACAGUAGUAUUCAAACUAUUCCCCUAUCAGUUUUCUCUCGUUUUCUAUCAAUCAUUCAAUUUCUCCCUGUUCCCCUCCUCUAAUACCGUGAUUGAAUCCUUCCACUUCACUGGAGCAGCAAGGGCUAGAAGUGAGUGGUUAUAUUGGUUUGUCUGCAUGCUGCAUAUCGCAUGUGUGUACAUGUCCCACUGUACUGCUAUGGAGCAUGAGAUUCUGUAUGUUUCUGUCUGUGAUACAUUUAUCAAGAGAAUACACAAUAAUAUCAAUGAUGUGUAAUGUCAGCCAUCUAGCUCAGGGUCAUAGAAUGAUAACAUGACAGAUAUAUUAUACCGCUCAGUGGGUCUUGUUGGAGAGCAGUAACCUCACUGCAGAGACUGCACUGGAAUUGAGUGAAAAAGCUGCCGUUCUAUAUUUAGCAGAUAUACUGCAAUGUCUGGGUGUUCCCAGGAUUGCAACGGGUUUUCUGAAUUUAAAGUGACAAGGAUGGAUAUGUUACAGUCCUGCUAGACAGAGAAAAUCACAGCAAUGUCAACCAAAAUAUCUGAAGGAUACACGAAGAACAUGAAUCUACAAAGACAUCCACAUGGUGCCCAAACGUCCACAUACUGCGCUGUGAAGUAGGUUACCAGAUGUAGGUCAAAGCAUGGAUGGGGAGUAAAGAGAAAUAACAAUAACUGAUGUUUGUUUAAUGGAUUAAGCUGCGCAGACCGCUACCAAACAUAUUACAGACAAACAACUCUCCUUGUAUCUCUAGAAAUGUGCAGUGUUUGUGCAAUGUUAGCAUUCAGUCCAAGGCCACUUUAUAGACUGAUGAAGGAAUAAACUGUUAUCGGGUCUAUUUGGACUAUCAACUUACCACAGAGACAUUCCUGUAUAUGAGGGUGGCAGAAACCGCCUACGCCGAUGCUAGGCAACAAACAUUCUUUGGACCAGGGGGAGUACUUUCAUCUUCUGGAACAUUUGAACUCCUCAGUCAGUCAGGAGAUAAACAGGUUAAUAGAGGCUAACACUGAGUGCAGAUAGCUACCAAAACAGUUUCUCUUCUCUGUCCUUGGUUCCCAUAGCACAAUGUGUUACUUGGCUAUUGGGGUUGUGUAUCUUGUCAGAUUAAGAUGCUGUCGGAGCGUAAGAGAGAGCUGGAGCGUCGGGUUAACGCUGUGCUAGAGGAAAACGAGCUACUUCAGAAUACUGUUGACGACCUGAGGGAAAGAACACUAGUGCUGGAGAAACAUCACCACGAGAAGGACUUACAGGUACGAUCUCUGUCGCUAUUUGUACAGUUCCAUAAUAUUCCUGUAUUAUGUGUGAACGUAUAUAUGGGUUUAAAGACAUGUUCUGUAGGUGUGUGUGUCUGAGUGUGUUAUGUUGAUCUGUAUGGUAUCAGUGCUCUGUGUUGACCACUGUGUUGACUACUGUGUUGACCCCUGUGUUGACUACUGUUUGUUGUCCACUGUAUUGCUGUGUGUGUCCAGUUACGGCAGAGCCAGCUGGAGCUCCAGGAGGUCCGGGUGUCCCACAGACAUCUGAGUGCCCGCUUUGAGGAGCUCACAGAGGAGAGAAGUCUACAAGGCCUCAGCCCACACCCUGCCAGUCUACUCUGUGAGAUAGAACAGAGCAUGGAGCAAGAGGAGCAGGAACAGGAGAGGGAGCAGGUGCACACAUGCACACGCACACAUGCACACGCACACACGCACACGCAUACAUGCACACCCUGCUUUGUGAGAUAGAGUGGCAUACAGAGAGUCCUAGAUAUCAUAUCAUUGAUUCAUAGUGUAUCAUAAACAGUUUUUGCUAAGCAGCUCUCCCUCUCUGUCUCUAGCUCCGUCUCCAGCUGUGGGAGGCCUACUGCCAGGUGCGCUCGCUCGUCUCCCACCUGCGGGGCAAUGACAUCACAGACUCAGCCCUGUCCACAGACUCCUCCAUGGACGAGUCCUCAGAGACAUACCCAGCCAAGGACGUUCCCAUGGGGAGCCUGCAUGCCUGUCUACUGGAGCUACGCAGACUCACACAGAACCUGCUAGACGGCAACGAGUCCACGGUACUGACCUUUCACACAGAUAUACAUACGAAAAUACUGACCAGAUAUACUAUACAGAUAUAUAGUUCCUCCAUGCAUCCAAUAAAGAGUGUGCGAUAUUCAGUACAUACUCAAAACAACUCCAAAUGAAUUGAGUUGAGUUUGACCUGAAUUCACAAUAUAAUGAAUCUAUGUGUGUUGUUGUGGUUGUGUGUGAGCAGGGUUCUCGGCAUAGUGACGAGGAGGCUCUAGAAGACCAGGUUCGAAAACUUGGGGAAGAGCUGAGAGGAGUGAGAGAGCUGUACGAAGCAGAGCAGGAUAGAACACGGAACAGCCAAGAAGAGGUUCUACAACUCCAUAAUCAGGUACUACUGCUCACAGAGCUUUAUCUUCAGUGUUGUUCUUGAACAAGAUCAUUUCAACACAGCGUUGUUAUUCAAGCAAGACACAGAUGUGAUUUCUUACUCAUGAGGUUGACAAAGUGUCUGAUGAGUGUCUCCUAUGUCAUUCCUCCCCUGUCCUGAAGAUGGCGAUGCUCUCUGUGGAGAUGUGCUCUGUACAGGAGGAGAGUGAGCGUAUGAGGGCCAUGUCUGAAGCACGAGACCCCAGUGAACAGCUCCAAAGUGCUAUACGAGACCGAGAUGACGCUAUUUCCAAGUAAGACCACAUUUACAUAGCACAUUUUUUGGGCACAACCACAUGUAUGUUUGCCCUGUAUGUAAUAGGCUAGCAUAUAACAACAAUUUGAUGUUUUACAUUAAUCUCCCGAAUAAGCAGGCCAGUCAUAAACUCUCAUUCAACAUAAUGAGAGCAAAGAAACUAGAGCGGUGUUGUCUGUCUCUAAGCUGUGUGUCUGUCUGCCUAACAGGAAGAAAGCGGUGGAGAUGGAGCUGGCCAAGUGUAAGAUAGAUAUCAUGUCUCUGAACAGCCAGCUCCUGGACGCCAUCCAGCAGAAGCUGAACCUAUCACAGCAGCUGGAGGCCUGGCAGGUGGGUCAGAGGUCAGGGUUCAUGAGGGGGCACACUAGACUCAUAGUAUGAGUUAUUUCAUUUGAAUUUUUGGACUAUUUAAAACACAAUUCAGCCACACGUGGAUACACUGUAUUUAGAAUAAUGGAGGAUAACACAAUAAAGUUGAACAACUUAUUUCCAUUGUUGUCCUCUGGUUGUUACUGAAUGGACUGUCAAACUGAAUGGACUUUCAAACUGAAUGGACUGUCAAACUGAAUGGACUGUCAAACUGAUAGUUAUAAUAACAGAUACCAUAUGAAUGUGUAUCUGACAGCUCAAAUGUGUACGAAUGACAAAAUGUAUGAAUGAUUACAUUCACACAGCAAUUAUCAUUAUUAAUGUGUACUGUAUUUUAUUCAUUAAAUAAGAGUAUACUAGUGGACUGAAAUGUACAGUUGUAGGUUUAGGUGAAAAUGUGUGUCUGGUGAUCUUUUCCCCACCACAUCCUGUCCUCUCCUCUAAUUUACCACUGUCCAAAGUGUGUGUAUGUGUUAACAUGUACAAUACUGUACGUACUCUGAGUCAGCAAUUUACACAAGUGUCUGAAGAACUAAUACACUCCUCAUUGAAACCUCAAUGAGUUUCAACCUUGGGUUUUCAUUGAACAUACUGCAAACAAUUCAGCAAGUAGGACUAGUAGCUAACUAACUAAAUUGAGGACUUGUGUAUGUGUCUUUCCCUCCCCUCCCUCACCCGUAACUAGCAGCUCUUUCCUCUCUCUUUCCCUGGCUGCAGUUUGCCUCCUCAGGGCUCUUUACUGUGUGGCUCUUGUGGUUUCUGAUCUAGUGGCCUUUCUCAGCUUCCGUACCACCCUUUCUCCCCUGUGGUACCCCCCCUCCCCCCCACUGCAUUAGAGGUGAGGUGUUCCAUCUUGCCCUGGUUCUGUCCUGUGCGACUCUUCCAUGCCACGCUGAGCCAUUCCAUGCCAUGGCCUGCUGACUCAACAGAAAUACGCUCACCCAUUCUAAGCCAUUUGAUCCAUUUGAUCACCCAAAACCACCCACUUCCAUGCCAAUCCGUCACACCAUCCUCCUGCCUGCUGUUUCUCUUCUCUAAAAACCCCUGUCCACUUUAACAUACCCUCACAUUCCCUUUACCUAUCUAUCACUCUACUGUGCUCUCUCUCUCUCUCUCUCUCUCUCUCUCUCUCUCUCUCUCUCUCUCUCUCUCUCUCUCUCUCUCUCUCUCUCUCUCUCUCAGUCACUCAUUCAUUCUGUCUUUCUCUCUCUUAGGAUGAUAUGCACAGUAUGAUUGAUCAGCAGCUUAUGGAAAAGCACCAGGAGGAGUGGAGGGUGACCCCCUACUCCCUUGCCGGGCCCUCUGGGGGUCGCGGGGGCCCCUCCGGCCAGUCCUCCAGACGAGCCCAUCGUCUCUCCGAUGGGGAGAAGAGGCUCUUUUCCUUCUUCAAAAAGAACUGA